AUGGCCGAGCUACCAUGUUUCGUUUACGAUCAACUACUCACUGGCUAUAUCCGCCUCCUUAUGCCCACAUCUUCGUCGCCCGAAGACGGCCAAAGCUGGAGCCUACAGACCGUCAGCCUUGAUCAACCAGACCUCGUAUAUGAGGCACUAUCUUAUACUUGGGGAUCACAAGCCGAUUUGUUUCCCAUUACUUUGAACGGGUGUGUUUCGUAUGUGCACGGCAAUCUACAUUCUGCACUUCCUUACCUGACUAGGCGAGGAAAGACUCGCCCCGUACUGCCAAUCUGGAUCGAUGCCAUCUGCAUCAACCAAGCGCACCACGAAGAAAAGAUGAUCCAAAUCCGGAAAAUGAACCGCAUUUAUCGGUAUGCAGCAAAGGUAUGGGUAUGGCUUGGCAUUCCCGAGUAUCCAGAGCGCGUCUCGGAGGCCAUGGAUACACUUGAGUCUCUUGGGGAAACUCAAAUAAUCGAUCUUAGCCGCUUCAAUCUUCCUCUGAGAUCAGCAAUCUGUCAUCUCGAACUAAAUGGUUGGUUUCGAAGACUUUGGGUAGUGCAAGAAGCGGCGCUGGCUAAAGAGAUCAGCUUUCUUAGUGGAGAUGUCGAGUUGCAAUGGUUAGACAUGGAGAGGGCUAUGGCUCGGACAGAUAAUGAUGUGAUAUUUCACACUCGCCAGUUGGCGCAAUGGUACUGGAAUGAUGGGGAAAUUCUUGGCGUUAGCCCGACAAUCCUUCUGAUGAAUGUUGCAGUUCUUACCGCCUCGACACAAGAAUGUCUUCGACCCGAGGAUCGCGUUCUUGGGCUAUUAGGCAUGGUGAAUCAGGACGACCUGCGAGGCAGUCCUCUUAAUACCGACAUAGCUUAUACUUCCUAUCACGAUCUGUUCACGCGGUUCAGCGCUUGCAUACUCACGCAGUACCCAGACCCAAACAGCGUCAGAUGGUGGGCAUGGCUUAGUAUGGCCUUCGGACCCGGUAAAUGCGAUGGUCUUCCAUCCUGGGUGCCGGAUUUUCACAGUGUCAGUAACACGACUUAUUCGGUAGGCAGCUUGGAAUACAGAGUUCCUUCUUAUCAGGCUGCGAUCGGACAAAAGAAUGAACCGCGAGGCGACUUGAAGAUUGGGCAGCUGAUGCUCCGAGGUAGAAUCUUGGAUGAGGUUGUUAUGGUAUUUGAAUCGGUACCCAUGGACGUUGGAUGGUAUUCGAAUGGGUCUCCAGCUACGCAGAACGAGAUACUGAUGGCUGUGGCAGAAUGGGAAGAGAAACUUGCUCAUGCUGUGAUGCAUAGUACGACUUUCGAGACGAGACAAGAAGGUUGUGUAGGCCUGCAUCGUGACAUUGCUCUCGAUACAUACUGGCGUACGUUGAUCGGCAACAAAGCAUUUGUGCAAGAUGAAGUGGUCACGCGGGAUUGGUAUGAUGACUUCCAAGCCAUAGGCCGAAGCUUGAGAGAAACUGACACUGCUCGCGAAUUUGCGAGAUCGUACACGAUUCUACCGCAUCCAGAGACGGACACGGCGGAACCGCACUGGCAAGAAGCCUCUGGCGAAAAUAAGCGAUACAAGAACGCCUGCGACUAUUUAACUCUCAUGAGAAUCCUUGAAUAUAAGCAAUUAUUCUUAACAAGAGAAGGACGACUUGGAUUCACGACGACAGGAGUGCGGCCAGGUGAUAUGCUCUCUGCAUUGAACGGAUCACCGGUACUCCACGUUCAAAGACGCGUACCUACUGAAGACGAUACAGAGUCGAUGACUUUCGAGUUCGUAGGAAGCGCAUACGUACACGGCCUGAUGAACGGAGAAUCGGAUGAUAUAGAUGUAGACGAAGAAGAUUUGAUAUUUAUCCCCACGAGCCAUGGCACGUGCGCUAAACUUUCAAAGGCCGCUGCCAUUCCCUUCCCCACUCAGUCUGAUCAAACUUCGGCCCUCGCCUUGUCAAGGCAUGUUAUGCUUCGAGCCCUCUCACGAUCGAUAACACGAAUUAUGGCCUCCAACGAGCCCGCCCGCGUCCCCAUCCCCAAGAAUGGCGUCGACUACCGUGGCAAAGUGGUGCUUGCGCCCAUGGUGCGCUCCGGUGAGCUGCCCUCACGCCUCCUCGCGCUCAAGUACGGCGCCGACCUGGUCUGGGGACCCGAGACCAUCGACCGCGCCAUGAUUGGCACCACCAAGAGACUCAAUCCACACACGCAGACGCUGGAAUUCUCGCGCCUGCCUACUUCAAAGAUCAAAAACCCCACACUCGAUCCCGAGAACCGCGAGAGCGUCAUAUACCGCAUACAUCCAGAGCUGGAGAAGGGAAAGCUCAUAUACCAGAUUGGCACGGCGAGCCCAGAGCUGGCAGUGCAGGCAGCCAAGAUGGUGGCAGCGGAUGUCGCGGGCAUUGACGUCAACUCCGGCUGCCCCAAGCCCUUCUCCACGUCUGGUGGUAUGGGCGCAGCGCUGCUGAGGACGCCAGAUCUGCUUUGUAACAUCUUGACAAGUUUGGUUGAAGAAGUAGGAAAGCCAUUCGAGAUUGGCAUUAGCGUCAAGAUCCGAAUCCUAGACACGCCUGAAGAAACCGCGGCACUGGUGAAGAGACUUGUGCGCACCGGCAUCACGGGUCUCACCGUACACUGCCGAACGACACCCAUGCGACCGAGGGAGCGCGCCAUCAGACACCAGCUCAAGAUGAUUGGAGAAAUAUGCCACGAAGCAGGCGUCGCAUGCCUCAUGAACGGCGACGUCACAUCGCGCACCGAAGCCUUCAAGCUCGCAGAAGAGUUCAACGUCGACGGCGCAAUGAUUGCAACCGAAGCCGAAAAGAACCCCAGCUGCUUCCGACCUGACGCAGAGGGCGGCCCUCACGAGUGGCGGUCGCAGUGGAAGACCGUUGUCACCGAAUACAUGCGUUUUGCACUACAAGUGGAGAACCGCUGGGGCAACACAAAGUAUCUGCUCAGUCAGAUGAUACCUGGCAAGGAAAAGGCAUAUGCGGCUAUGAACAAGUCAAAGUGCUACACAGACGUCAUCAAGGCGCUGGGCUUGGAGAACGUGGAUGACUUGUUGCAACAGGCAAACACUGUUGACGAGCAUCUGGGUAUACCCAUGAACGAAUCGCGCGCUUCCAAGCGGGCGAGAGUCAAGGAAGCCCAGAAGUCCGACGGGAAUACUCAGAAGACAGAGAAGCGCAAGGACCGGGACGAAGAAGAGCCCGAAGCUAAACGCAUCAAGGUGCCUGAGGUGGAGCCUGAAGCAGCUAAGGCCCUUCCUCCACAGGAGAUGACGGCUCCUGCUGCGCUGAGCGUAUGA